GUGGAGAUGUUCGGGGUGACGGCGGCGGAGAGCGGGGAGGAGAGCGCCGCCCUGCUGGAGGAGUUCCUCGCCCUGCAGAAGGAGAUCUUCUCUGAGCUAGGGCUGCACUACAGGGUCCUGGAUAUGCCCACCCAGGAGCUCGGGCUGCCCGCCUACCGGAAAUAUGACAUCGAAGCCUGGAUGCCCGGCAGGGGCAAGUAUGGUGAGAUCUCCAGCACCUCCAACUGCACUGAUUACCAGAGCCGGCGCUUGAACAUCAUGUACUGCGACCGGACAGGGCAGCUCCGCUACGCGCAUACGGUGAGCGCCCGGGGCGGCGGGGAAAUGGGGAACACGCACACACCCCAAAGGAAAACCCUAGGGGAGAAGGAGUGA